AUGUCCAACAGUAAUACUGACACUGGUGACACCGUUUUGUCACAGGAUACGAAUUUAACACCCAUUACGACGACAUUAACAUCUAAUGAACGUGGCAAACUCUUAACAAAUAUUGAACCCAUCGAAGUGGUCACAUUGAUAAGUGAUGAUUCGGAUACGGAGCCAUCGCCAAAACGAAAACCUGCAGUGUCAAAUGUUACAACGUGUAGCGGCGGUGGAGGAGGUAUCACAAGCGUCACCCAUGUUGGCGGCGGUAGCGCUCCUAGUAGUGUCAAAAAAUAUACCACUGAGGGGGCUGCGGGUGAAGAUUCCAAUGAUGGCCAUCAUGAUGAACGACGCACAAGUCGCCGCAUCAAACCCCGUGUAGAUUAUACAAAUAAAACAAGUACUACCACCACCACAAAUGCAGAUGAAAAACCAGCUACACCAUCCGGAGCUGCGGCCGGAGCGGCGGGACAUCAUCAUCAUUCGUCCAACGCAAGUGUUCACAGUAAUUCCGAAAAGAAAUCCGAUUCUCGUUCCAGAAAAUCUGAAUCCCUUAAAAGUCCCUAUGCCAAAGAGAUUACCGAUCCCCGGGAAGCGGCCGCCGCCGCUGCUGAGGCAUACAAGGAGAUAUUGACCGGCUUGGAGGGUGCAGCAUUUCAGUCAAGGCUACCCUUUGAUAAAAUGACCUCAAAUGAGGCAGCCUGCUUUCCAGAUAUCACCAAGACGGGUUUGGUGGCCCAACGUGUGUUCCUUAAUAUAAGAAAUCGUCUGCUGCAAAUGUGGAUCGAAAAUCCAAAACAACAACUGAUAUUGGAAAAUGCCCUCAAGGACAUGGAACCACCGUUUGAUAGUGAUCCGAAUUUAGUUAAACGUAUCCAUUCCUUUCUCGAACGUCAUGGUUUUAUAAACUUCGGCAUUUUUAAACGUCUCCGCCCCAUACCCAGCAAAAAGCUGGGCAAGGUCAUUGUUAUUGGGGCGGGUAUUUCGGGCUUGGCUGCCGCUCAACAGUUACAACAAUUUGGCAUGGAUGUAAUUGUCUUGGAGGCCAGGGAUCGUGUGGGAGGUCGUAUUGCCACAUUUCGCAAAAAUAACUACAUUGCCGAUUUGGGCGCCAUGGUUGUGACCGGUGUCUGGGGUAAUCCCAUGACAAUACUUAGCAAACAAAUUGGCAUGGAAAUGAUACCAAUACGACAGGCAUGUCCCCUAUAUGGGGCUGGUGGUAAACCUGUACCCAAACACAAGGAUGAUAUGGUGGAGCGGGAGUUCAAUCGUCUAUUGGAAUCGGCCAGUUAUCUAUCCCACCAAUUGGACUUCAAUUAUGCCGGUAAUAAUCCGGUGUCUUUGGGUCAAGCUUUGGAAUGGAUUAUAAAGCUGCAAGAAAAAUCGGUCAAGGAGAAACAGGUGCAGUAUCUGAGUCAGCUGUGUGAGGCCCAAAAGGCCAUAAUUGACAAUCAAACGAAAACUUCGAGAAUUUUGACAAGGAUACGUCAAUUGAAGAGUCAGCAUGCCAAGUUGUUGCGUACACGGCCGCCACGUGUGGAGGGUGAGAGCGGUGGCAGCAGCAGCAGUGCAUAUGCCGAACAUGAGUUCGAAAUACGUUCCACCCACUAUGAAUGGACGAAGGCAUGCAAACAAUACGACGAACUUCUAAAGGAGGAGGAAGUGUUGCAGAAUAAACUCAAGGAAUUGGAAACGAACCCACCAAGCGAUGUUUACCUCUCAUCCAAAGAUCGCCAAAUACUCGACUGGCAUUUUGCCAAUUUGGAAUUUGCCAAUGCCACCCCACUGUGCAAUCUUUCGCUCAAGCACUGGGAUCAAGAUGAUGAUUUCGAAUUUAUUGGCAAUCACACCACUGUGCGCAAUGGUUAUUCUUGUGUUCCCAUCGCCUUGACCGAGGGCUUGGAUAUUCGCGUCAAUACUGCCGUUAAAACCAUUAAAUAUUUCCCAACCGGUGUUGAGAUUGUGGCGGAGAAUUUAAAAACCAACAAUUCAUCGGUUACUUAUAAGGCUGAUUUGGUUUUGUGUACCCUAACAUUAGGGGUGCUGAAAAUUGCCACCGCCAAGGUUCAGUCACAACAGGCGAAUACUGUGAAAUUUGAACCUGCGCUACCGGAUUGGAAACAACAGGCCAUACAACGUUUGGGUUUCGGUAAUCUCAAUAAAGUGGUGCUGUGUUUCGAUCGCAUUUUUUGGGAUCCAAAUACAAAUUUGUUUGGUCAUGUGGGCAGCACCACGGCCAGUCGUGGUGAAUUGUUUCUAUUUUGGAGUAUAUCCUCAUCGCCAGUACUACUAGCCUUGGUGGCCGGACGUUCCGCGGCCAUAAUGGAAAAUGUCUCCGACGAUGUGAUUGUGGGCCGCUGCAUUGCCGUACUCAAGGGAAUAUUUGGUAAUGGUUCGGUGCCGCAGCCCAAGGAAACAGUUGUGACACGCUGGCGUGCCGAUCCCUGGGCUCGGGGUUCAUAUAGCUUCGUAUCGGUCGGUUCAUCGGGCAGUGAUUAUGAUCUAUUGGCCGCCCCUGUUAUACCACCCAACGUAAAUAAUCCCAAACCCAAUCAGGAAUUGGAUGAGUUGCCACGGCUCUUUUUUGCCGGUGAACAUACAAUACGCAAUUAUCCCGCCACGGUGCAUGGUGCUUUUUUGAGCGGUCUACGUGAAGCCGGACGUAUUGCUGACUAUUAUUUGGGAUAUCCAGAGGGUACACCACCCGACAUUGGCUAUUCGGUGGUGGAGGCGGCAAAUACCGCUUCCGUGGGUGACACCGUGGAUUUAGUGGAUAUAGCCCAUUCGACGGACUCGUCAUCAAAGACCUCAGAUGAUAAGUCAAAUCCUGCCGAUAUAAAUGAGUGAAAUAUAG